GGAGAGAGUGCAAGUCUCUGAAAUGUUAACAGAGUCCAAAAGGUCUACAAUUUCGGCACUCCUUUUGAAACUUGGGCAGUGUACUAUAGAUAAUAGAGUGUAUGAGAGGAAGAGCAGCUGGGAGUCAGUGAUUAGAGAAGAGUGGCAGUGUUUUGGGUUGGGGCUUCAUUCAUGGCCACACGCUAUAGUGCAAAUGGUUGGGCAGAGAAGGGGAACCGUAGCACCUUCCCCUCUCCUAGCAAGGGCUCUUUGCUGCUCCCCCGGCCUUCCAACUCGGCUCCUGCGUUUCUAGGCCAGGGAUCCUUCUACCCUUCCUUGUGCGAGGAUGAGAGAGCCUUAACUCUAAGAAUUCACAGCCAGGCUGAGAAGCGGCGCAGAGAGAGGAUUAAUGCACAUCUAUCUACUCUUAGGCGUAUGAUCCCCAACUCCAACAAGAUGGACAAGGCAUCUCUUCUAGGACGAGUGAUCGACCAUGUAAAGGAUCUAAAGAGAAAGGCAGUUGAUGCUAGCAAAGUUUCCACAAUCCCAACAGAAGCAAAUGUGGUGACGGUGGAAAGUCAUGAUGGAGGCUAUCAGAACACAUUCUCUUUGGAUGAUGAUAACCUCUACAUAAAGGCUUCUCUUUGCUGCGACGACCGGCCAGACUUGUUUGCUGAGCUCAUUGAAGCAUUCCAAAGGCUCAGACUGAGGGCGAUUAGAGCAGACAUGACGUCAUUGGGAGGAAGAAUUCAGAAUGUCUUCCUACUAUGUAGGAAGGAUAGCAGUGGAAGUGCGUGCUUGAACUCUCUCAAGGAGUCCAUUAAAGAAGCGUUGGACAGAGUAGCCUCCGUUGACAUGGUUCCCUCUAAUGCCUUCGUAAGUAAGAGGCAGAAGCUUUUGCAACCACGAUUCCCUUGCUCCAAUAGAUCUUUAUAGGAUACAUCCUACAUUUCGUUCGCUUGCUUGUUUUCUUGGUCAUUAUAUUUUGUUAGAAAAGUUGUUGACUGAGGUUUGUGAGAAGCGCUUUAGGCCAAAGAUAAUGUGUAUGCAUAUAUAUAUAACUUUCUCUCUCUCAAUAAUUUGAAGAAAUCAGUGAACUUGAAGGGAAAGUGAUGAAUUUUCCGAAAGCUUAAUA